GUGGAGUUUUAAAGGAGCAACUGGACUGUUAAAAGAGAAACAAGUGACUCACUCACUUGAAGUAGUGUUCUUAAACACAGCCCUCCCACUCCCUUUUGAUUCCAGUGAGUGAACAUGGCGACUGCUUCCAGUUUUCUAUCCGAAGAACAGUUUCUGUGCUCCAUCUGUCUGGAUGUGUUCACAGAUCCAGUCACCAUACCAUGCGGACACAACUUCUGUAAGACGUGCAUCACAAAGCACUGGAACAUCAGCCGCCACCAGCAGUGUCCGCUGUGUAAGGAGCAGUUUGAUCUCAGACCAGCUCUGCGGAUCAACACCUUCAUAUCCGAGAUGGCUUCUCACUUCAGGAAUGCCAGGAGCUUGUCAGGACAAGUAUCUCCCGGCUCAGGAGGGGUUCUGUGUGAUGUGUGCACCAAACCCAAGCAGAAAGCCUUUAAGUCCUGCCUGGUGUGUGCUACUGCCUAUUGCCAUACUCACCUGGAGCCUCAUACGAGAAUCGCAGUGCUGAAAAAACAUAAAUUGAUCAAUCCAGUCAUAAAACUGGAGACCAUGAUGUGUGGGAAGCAUGAGAAGCCUCUGGAGCUGUUCUGCAAGACCGAUCGGAGGUGCGUGUGUCCAAGCUGUGCUGCGUCCGACCACAAGAAGCAUCGGGUUGUCGCUCUGACGGAAGAGUGUAAAGAAAAGAAGAAAGAGCUGGAGAAGACCAGAGUUUGUGUUGAGCAGAUGAUUCAGGAGAGAUUACUAAAGAUGGAGCAGUUUAAGCAGUUGGUGAAGCUCAGCAAGCAGGAUGCAGAGGAAGUGACAGCAGCUGUUGUGGAGGACUGUUCAGAUCUCAUCGAUUCUGCAAGAAAAAGUCUGGAUCAAUUCAUCGACGUGAUUGUACAGAAACAGAAAGCAACAGAAGAACAGGCAGAAGGUUUCAUAAAAGAGCUGGAAGAGGAAAUCUCCAUGCUGAUGAAGAAUAGAUCAAAGCUGACGCAGCUGUUGCAAAUCGAAGACCACUUCCAUCUGCUCCAAAACACCCCAAGAAUGACAGUUACUGCCAAGGACUGGACCAAGGUCAGAGUCCAGUCCUCCUGCGAUGCGACGGUGAGGAUGGCUGCAGUUCAACUGGAGACGAUCAGAACAGAGAUGAAGAAGCUCUGCGCUCGCAUUGAACUUGCGAGAGUCCGGCUGUAUGGAGUGGACGUGACUCUGGAUCCAAAUACUGCAAACCCCUAUCUGGUGAUGUCCGACGAUGGGAAAACUGUACGAUGCAGUGAUGUUACACAGGUUCUCCCAGACAAGCCAGAGAGAUUGUCAGCCUUUGGAGUCUUGGGAAAGCAAAGUUUCACCUCAGGAAGAUUUUACUACGAAGUUGAAGUAAAAGGGAAAACUAAAUGGGAAUUAGGAGUGGUCCGAGAGUCUAUUGACAGGAAGGGUGAGAACGCUAUUUGCCCUGAAAACGGCUACUGGGCUGUAUGGUUAAGAAACGGCCAUUACAGAGCUCUUACCGGGCCCUCUGUGCCUCUGGUUUUGGUGUCUGAGCCCCAGAAGGUGGGGGUUUUUGUGGAUUACGACGAGGGUCUAGUUUCCUUUUAUGAUGCUGAGUCAGCACAUCUCAUCUUCUCCUUUACUAGCUGCAACUUCAGUGAGAAACUCUAUCCUUACUUCAGUCCCUGUCCGAGUGACGGUGGCAAAAACUCAGCCCCUCUGAUCAUUUCCAGCAUCAGCCACACAUUAAACUGAUCGCCCAAAUGCAGUCACGUAUCACUUUAAGAAAAUAUUUUGGAUUUACUCAGGUUAUAUUUGAUGUAAAAAUGUAUUGAUCUGAGACAUUUAAGUGAUAAAUGAAAAGCAAAAACAGAAGAAAUCUGUAAUAGGGACAAGAGAGCAGAGAAUAAACUGAAUAGCUUUUGGCUGAACCUCAUUUCUAAUCAUUUUCUACAUCUAGUUCUACCCUUUAUUGGUAGUAUUACAGUCCAUUACUCCUCCUCCCUCCUCCAGACAGAGUAUGAACUGAUAUCAAAUGUUUAACUGUUAUCUGAGAGGUACAGAAAGGACAGCUCUAAUUUAACAACCUUUGUCAAUGUCCUUGGGUGGAGAACUGACAACAGGGACAGCCGGCUGAUGGAAACAAUAAGUUGAGGUAAACUAGUGAGGUCCAACCCCACUUUGAGCUGAAUACACCUGAUCUAAUCCAAUAAUUCUAGAUAUUUCUGGAGAUUUCUUGAGUACAUUUGAAAUGGUUUCAGAUUAUUUUUAAUCCCAAAUAAUACAAAAUGUUCCAGAGGUACAUGAAAUGUGUAAACACAAUAAUUUAUUUGUGAGACUUUAAAUAAAUGUGGAAUAUCAAUGUAUAGUGAUAGAUGAGUGUGUGAAUAUCAGCAGCUUGAACAUUACUGAAAAGAUCAAGUCACUGAAGAAAGGAUCUCUGGUGCCCUCUGGUGGUGGUUUAGAUUUAUUAACAAAACCUAAUAGCAGUUGUGAAGAUGAAACGAUUUAAAACCUUGUUAUACCUUGAUAUUAGUGGCUGGCAAGCUUUAAAGGAAAAUGGACAUUUUAAGAAUUUCUUAUUUGAUUUUUGUUUGUUUCAUCAGCAAAUUUAACAAAAAAAUUCAAGUUUUCACUUGACCAGUGA